UGUUCCAUUGGUAAUUUGUCAGUCUGAUGAGUUAUUUCAUUUAGUCAAGCUGGCAUAUUGUUUUUAUAAUUCUGUGAAAUAUUUAUUUAUUUUUUUUUAUAAUUAUCAGUGCUUCCCUUACAUUGUUUGACAUUCUAUUCUCAGUUUUUAAAGAAAGUGUAAUUUUCAAAUUUCACGACAAUGUCAGUCGAAGAAAAAUUCAACGCUGCUGUAAAUGUCAUAAAGAGUCUGCCAAAAAAUGGGUCUUAUCAACCAAGCCACGAAUUGAUGCUACGAUUUUAUAGUUAUUAUAAACAAGCAACAGAAGGACCUUGUUCAAAUCCAAAACCAGCUUUUUGGGAAGUUGUAAAAAAGGCAAAGUGGGAUGCUUGGACGCGUUUGGGUAACAUGAGUCGCACAGAAGCUAUGAAUAAUUAUGUCGACGAAUUAAAAAAAAUUGUUGAAACAAUGUCCUAUACGGACAAUGUGGCAACUUUUCUUGGAAGUUUGGAUUCAUUUUACGAGAGUGUUCCUGCUGAAGACUUAGAGUUGUUAGUUGGUCCGGUUUUGGAACGAAUCCGCUCUCAGCCUGGUUCACCUUUAUCUGGCUCUCCACUAGGAUCGCGAGAAACUUCGCCUAAUAGAGUACGCAACACAUCAAGACACAUAACAAGCAGCUUGGAAACGAGUCCUGCAAGUAGUCAUAGUGCAAGUCCUUUACCUCCUGACACUGAUGGCGAGGAAGAAGAAUUCAAAGACACGCUCGAAUCUGCGCCAGAGCGAUCGCAAAAAGAUUUAAUGAAGUCUUCCAACGGUGUACAGCCACGUAUAAUUAAUAAUUCAUCACACUGUAAACAUAAUAAAUCGACUGUUGUGACAAAAGAAAAUCCAACGGAAUUAUUUAAUGGAUAUUCUCACACGAAUGGCCAUAUUGAGUAUUCCGAUUCAAAACAAGAAAUUAGGGGCCGACCUCGCGUUAGAAGAGACGAUAAAACUGACGCUGAAUUUUUCAAUCAUAUUGCUUUUACAAUGCAAAAUUUACAGAAAGAUUUGGACAGGAUAACGGCAAGAGUUCGUAAUUUAGAGGGUCAGGCAUUGUCAGUUUUGGCACCACAGUCCGACCAACGAAGAAGUCGAGUCUAUCCUAAAUGGUGGCCAUUAUCCGAGUGUUCGCCACGAAUCUUUGCAUUAUUGAUUGUUUGGCCUUUUCUAGCACAAGCACUAGUUUUUUAUGCACAGCGUUAUCGUCAAAGAAAAUUGUGAUUUUUUUUUUCGUUAUUAAAAGCCGAAAAAAUCUUUACGAAAACACGAAAGAUAAUUUCGAAAAAAAAGAAAGAAAAUUCCGAGUCUUCAAGUCCAUUUCUAUAUAUUAUAUAUAUAUAUAUAUAUAUAAAUAAUACGAUUAUAAUUAAUUAUUAUUGGCUGUUGAUUCAAGUGUAAUCUUAAGGGUAUAUUGUAUAUAGUUUAAAAGUUCUUAUCAAUUUACAUGUAGAUCGAUUCUAAAAAAAAAGAGGCCAAGGAGAAUAGCUACAUUCCACAUUAUUAUAUGUUUUAUUCUAAAAGAUUUGCAAUAAGUGACAAAUUAUUGCAAAAAAAAAAAAAAAUAUUACCGGAAAAGUGAUUUUUUAAAAAUAUUUUUACUGAUUUCUAUAGGUACAUUUUAUUUGCCAGAAAAAAUAAUUGUAAUAAUUUUAAAUUUUAGUUUUAAUUUAUUUUAAUUUAAAAAAUUUAUGUUUCAAAAUUAAAUCGAUUGUGAAAUUUUAUUUUUUAUGAAAAAAAAAAUAUUUAAAAAAAAAUAUUAUUUUAUAAAAAAUAUACCUAUCUUUUAUUAUUAUUAUUAUUAUUUAUUUUUAUUGGAAAAUUUUUUUUUGUUUCUUUCCGGUAAGAUUUGAUUUUUAUAAAUAAAACUUUUUUUUUUUUUUUUAAGGGAAUAAUUCUCAAUUAGAUAGGAAACAAAUACUUUUUAAUUAAAGUCACAUUAUUUCGUCUGUAUAUUAUUUGUCUUCAAUAUUACGAGAUUCGUAAUUGAGAAAAUUAUCAUUUUUAACUAGAGAAUAUUAUGAAAAUGAUUUAUAUGUAUAAAAUUGAAUAUUAUGUGUCAUACAAUGAUUUAUAUUAGAAAAAAAAGAAAAUUGUAAUAUAUUUAGUUUUAAUCGGGCAAAUCCAAAGUUUUGUAAAUUUUUAGCAUGUUAUUGGUUUAUUAAUUUUAUAAAUAAGAAAUCCCUUGUUAAUAUUUGGUAUUAAUUUUGUUUUUAUAUUUUAAAGACAAAAUGUGUUGUAAAAAUUUUUAAUUCGUUUUCAAUUUUUUUUUCUGAAAUGAAAUUUUGAUGUUUGUUAUGUAAAAAUAAAAUUGUUUUUUUUAUAAGGAUGUGCAAAAUUUUUGCUAUUUGAUAAUGAAACAAAAAAAAAAAAAUUUUUAGAAUUUUAAAAUUGGUUUUUUGUAACAAAAAAAAAACAUCUAUUUGGAGUUAAAAGACUUUUCUUGUAAAAAUAUCUGUCGUUGUUUAAUUAAAUUUCUCUUUUUUUUCAUUGUCAGCGCGAUGAAUCAUUUUAUAAAGAGAAUAUCUUGUCAAAUUUCGCACGAUAUUUGAGUUUUUAUUAUUUUACAAAUCUCGUGAGAUUUGCAAUUUUCUGCUGAUUGGUCACACUUUUUUUUCGAAUUAAGAGAAAUUUCAUUUAUUGCGAUGCAAUGAAGAAAGAGAGAAUCUGAUUCUGUGAAAGAGAAAGUAAAUGAAAGUUAGAAUAUCUUAUUUAAAAAUUAAAUUUAAAAGGAAAGGAAAUUUUUCAUUAUAAACCAAUUAUUUUGUUUAUAUAUAGUUUAUAAAUUAUAAUUAUUCUUAGAGCUUUUUAUUUGUACUAACUUUCGUAUACUUUGAAAAUUUUAUAUUUCAAAAAUUAUGUAUAUUAAUUCGCUUUAGAAAUUUUAAUAAAAGUAAUUGAUCUAU